AUGGCAAACGCGACCAUUUACUUCGGCUAUGGCAGUAACCUCUGGUUGUCCCAGAUGCGCAAAAGAUGUCCAGACUCAAACUAUCUCGGCGUCGCUCGUCUCGACGACUAUCGCUGGAUGAUCAAUGAUCGCGGCUAUGCAAACGUCGUCCAAGUCCACACACCUUCCUCUGCCGAACCAAACUACGCCAACGUCGUCUACGGUCUUGUCUAUUCGCUGCAGCCAUCCGAUGAAAAGGGUCUCGACAAGAACGAGGGCGUUCCAUAUGCAUACACCAAAGAAUAUCUACCCGUCUCUUUCUGGUCCAAGGAGAAAGAAGAUGAACCUGUUGAUCUACACAAGCCCGCAAAGAAGCAAGACAUGCUCGUUUACAUCAGUCGUAACCACGUCACCGACUCCGACCCCAAGCCCGAAUACGUAUAUCGCAUGAACCAGGGCAUCGAUGACGCUCUCAAGGAAGGUGUUCCCAAGGAUUACGUGCAACAGGUUAUGCGCAAGUUUAUUCCUGCUGAGCAUGACGAAGCACUCCAACACCAGGCCUUGCAGCAGGCCAUGUCCUUUGAGGAUGAGAGGUGA